AUGAACUAUAGUUUGAGCAGUGUUGGUGUACUUUUAAAAGUUACCAGACCAACAACAACAGCAACAAAAGUAGUUUUACAAAACAAGAAGUCUAUAUUGUCGGCUUUGAAUAAUAGUGGUGGUAGAUUCCAUAUAGAUAGUACUAGUUGUGGUGUCGUCAGCAACAACAAUAGAUUGUCAUUCUAUACGAGCUGCCAACAAUCUAAAUCUACAUCACAUCUAUUAAAUAGGAACUAUCAUACAGAUAAUAAGGGACUCUGGUCAGACUAUACACUAAAUCAGGUGACAUCUAACACAAGAUCCCUCUAUCAACCAAGAGGCAUCGAACACCAACAAUCGUUCCAUAGAAGCUUCAACAAUAAAUAUUAUUCAACAACUACAACAAUUUCAACAACAAAUAAGAAGAAAGAUAAUUUAAUAAUGGAAAACAAAGCAAAUGUAUCAAUAUUUCCAGACAAGGAUAGUGCAACUGGACAAGUAUUGAUAGUUGACGAAAGCACUAAAAAGUGUGCCAUUUUAGACUCUGUACUCAACUAUGCACAGGGUAGUGGUCGAACAAGCACCACAUCGGUCGACAAGAUUGUCGAUGCCAUCAAAGAGAGAGGAUUGACUGUUGAAUGGAUUUUAGAGUCACAUAUCCAUGCCGACCAUCUUUCAGCUGCUUUUUAUCUUAAAGGUCUUUAUCCACAAGCCAAAACUGCUAUUGGUGCAGGUACAACUGUCGUUCAAAAAACCUUUAAAACUAUUUAUAAUUUAGAUCAUGAUUUCCCUGUUGAUGGUAGUCAAUUUAAUGUUUUAUGGAAAGAUAAUGAUACAUUUAAAAUUGGAAAUUUAAAUGUACAUGUUUAUCAUACACCAGGACAUACACCAUCAUGUGUAUCAUAUUAUAUUGAAAAUGAUAGUGUAUUUGUAGGUGAUACCAUUUUUAUGCCAGAUGUUGGUACUGCACGUUGUGAUUUCCCAAAUGGUAGUGCUGCCACUCUAUUUGAAUCGACCAAGAAGAUUUUAUCGUUACCAGACCAUGUCCAAAUCUAUGUCUGUCACGACUAUCCACCUCCAGAGAGACAACUUUGCUAUGUCACCACAGUGGCAGAAGAAAAAAGUACCAACAAACAUCUCAAAGAUGGUACGACCAAAGAACAAUUCAUCGAAAUGAGAACUGCUCGUGAUGCCACUCUCUCUACUCCACAACUUCUCAUUCCAUCUAUUCAAGUUAAUAUUCGUGCUGGUCAAUUACCAGAAGCUGAAUCAAAUGGUAUUAGUUAUAUUAAAAUCCCUAUUAAUUAUUUUAAAUAA